AUGUUCAGCCCAAACGACAUCGAGAAGUAUCUCACAUCAAAGUACACCCUGCCAAACAACGCUCAUAUAGUUGCAAAGGGCAUACACAGAUUGACCCUUGGAGUUCCCCGCCUUGUCAACGGUGUCGUCGAAUACCUUUCCACCACCAGUCAACAACAGAAUGAGGAAGGGCUCAGGGCUUUCUUGCGAGGCUCAGCCACUUACUCCUCUGAGCUCAAUCCAACGCUCAUUUGGAGGGACUCCGAUGAACUUCCAAAGCUAAAGCUCUACAUGGAGCUGUGCAGAGCAUCGAUAUUCCAGGAUUGGGGCAUACCUUCAAUGUAUGACACCAACAAAGGUGUACCACUGAGGUAUGCGGAUUUCUUUCAAAUGCUCAACGUCUACCUGGAUAGAUUUCCUCCCAACCCCAAACUGGUUAUCGUUGUCAUCCCAUCAUUGACAAUCUCAGAGAUCAUUGAGGUCUCAAGACGAAACAACUCAGAGCACAUCUUCAGAGUUGGCGUACAACUGCAGCACUAUCUGAACAUCAGGUCCAACACGCUACGCCCCACUGGCAUUCCAUUAGAAGACUGUGUCGAAUCCAUUAUCGAGAUUCGAACAAACAAUGGACUUGAGAGCCAUUCAGAGGAAUGGUUCUGGAAUCAGCUUGCCAACCAAAACAUGGACUCGGAACUUGAUGGAACCAACAUGCACAACACCCAAGGUUUACCGCCUCUCACUCCAGCUCUCCAGAACAAACAAGUCAUCAAUCAGUCAAUCUCCCAGAUGUUCUUAUUCUUUUUGGGAUCAUGGGUCAGCGAUAUUCUCUGGAGAGGCAACAACAUCACCCACAUCAAGGCUUUCCCAAAGAUUGUCAGAGACUCGGAGAAUCAGAUCGAUUGGAACAGUGUUGCCAUGCAACAAACGUUGUCCACCAACAGGGUGGACUUGGCAUCAUACCCCCAUUGCCCCAUGCGACACUUCAAAGAUCUUUGGAGGAUGGCGCAUCCAUUCGCCACCUAUCGAUCGGCGCCAAAGUCUGGAAGCUCAGACUUCUAUACGAAGAUUGAUGACUCACUUGGCAUCGCUUGGGUCGUCAAGGAUGUCAAGGGUCCGUUGUCAACAGCCCAGGUUGAGAGCGAGAUGCAAAAGAUUGGCGACUCGACCAUUCGUUUUGUGAUGGUCAUCAUAUCGAUGACCCCACCUGCUCCUUUGAGCAUCACUUUGGUGGACCAGAUUAUUGGAACGUUGUACACACCCAACCAGAGACUUCAAAUUGUCACGCUCACUUAUGAUGGCCUCAAAUACUUCCUCUCUCCUGAGCUCUACAAGAUGCUUCUUCGUAUCUAA